AUGGACAUUCCUUUACAAGCCGCCACUUCUUUUGAUUCUUCCUCUGAAUUGUCUUACUCUCCUGGGCCAUCCUAUACCUCCACACGAAACACCUCUCCAGAUCGUGCGUCCACUAAUGCCUCCUUUGACUAUUCUUCGCCUUCCAUCCUAAGUAUUGCGACGGCCCAUAUAGAGUACACAUCUAACACACUUCUUGACCAACCCAUUAACAUGGAUAAGAAUUCUUUCCAAUUCGCCAACGACCGCCGCAAUAAGCUCGUGAACGAACGAGGGACUGGUACUCACUAUCAGCCCUCCCGGCAACAACAACAUCAGCAGCAGCAACUAGCAUCGCCUCAGCUUCAAAUUAUCCAGCCUAGUCACCGCCGCAGCAUUACCUCAGCCAACUGGAGAUCUCCGACAUCAGAAGAUACCAUUGAGCUCCGGCCUCGAACCAUCUACAGCCCCUUCGACACUGCUGGUCCCUCAACCCCGUUGCAGCAUCCGCCCAUGUUCAUAACACCAUUCCCAAACACUCGAAGAGAUCAGUAUCAUCGCCUCCCACACGCUACUGCCAGUGCUACCUCAUAUCCAAGUCUCGGCUCGAAUUUCGACACUCACCUUGACAGCAGCUUUGCGUAUUGCUAUGAUCGUGGCAACGGCCAGUAUACUCGCCUUAUUCCCGCUGACAUGCUCCCUCCUCUACAAAACAUUCCUGCUAUACAGCAGGGUUAUGCUGGCAUGUUGGUUGUUCCUCAACCACGCGGUUUGCCUCCAAAUGGGCAGUCAAGUAACACUGAGCCUGUUGCGGUGCGAUCACGAAUUGAUAACAUCGUUGCCACAACGCCUUUAACGACCAAUCCCCUCAGCCCUAGCUCUUCCAACAUUGCGGCUCUCGGCCACCGACGACCCAAAAUCUACUGCGACAAAUGGGUACAUGAAGGGGUUUGUGCUUUCACCCAGCAGGGCUGUAAGUACAAACAUGAAAUGCCAUCAGACAAGCUUACGCAACAUCAACUUGGACUCUUCCAUGGAUAUCCGCAAUGGUGGAAGAAACACCAGGCAGAUCUAUCCAGACAGCGUGAUGCGCCACUACUAGAGGCCCCCAAGAACGGCGGCCAGAGUAACGAGUUGAGGACAAGCAACGAACGAUACAUCGGCCAUUCUAGCCGUUCCAUCGCUGGAGGUGGGAGUGCUAGCUACGGUGGCUUGACAUCUGAUGCAGGUCGACAGUUUGCGUGGCGACAUAGUGGUGAGUAUGGUAGUGAUUCCCCUGCUCUAGGGCCUGCCUCUUCCAUGGGGCAAGCGACAUCCAAAGGAAUAAGUGGCCCGAUGAGAAUUGCUAUAGCUGAGAAUACACCCGAUCGUAACCUAUCGCCUCGUCCAAUCUCGUACGGGUCACCCUUCGGCCCUAUUGCCCCUCCAGCCCGCAGUAACGCGGCAGCGAUCAUUCGAACUGAAAGCACACACGGUGCAUCAGCAGGACACUCACCUCUGGGAUCACGCUAUGUGCCAUAUGGCAUGAGAAGAAGCUCCCCAGUUGGUCAUACUUCCAUUCUUCCCACGAGCAACCCAUACGCGUCACUGGAGGCAUUCGAUGAUAGUGACGAUCAGAAUGCGAGCGAGGGAAUUGCGUACACCCAAACUCCGCGCGUCACGCGUUAAGCGUAGCGGGUACUGCGGCAAUAAUACAAGCAGCAAACCAGAGAUAUAAAGCACCGAUAGGCGCUAUAUCGCAGUCUCUGAAGGUCGCCCUUUAGGAGAUGAGCGGAGGAAUCGUACGUGGUCAUCGAGCAGGUGCCUCGCGUAUCCCAUGCUCCUUCUAUUAUUCGCAAGCGUACUUUACGAAUGUUCACCUCAUAAAGCUGAAGCGACAUUCCAUCCUCAGCUAAACUAACACACAUAUACAUAUACACAUACAAAAUUUUGGACAUGAGCCAGAUGUUCAUGCGCUCAGCAUUUCGGGGCUACAUAGCGCCUAUCUGAUGUAAUGGCAUCUCACAAGUUCCCGAGCAUGACUGCAUCAUAGCAGUU